UAAUUUUUGAAAAGUUCACUUUUGAAUUCCUGUUUAUCGAGAGUCGCAUUUUAGUUUUACAAAAAUGAUUUGUAUGAAAGAAAUGCCAUAAAUCACGUUUUUGAUGAGUCGCACCCGCAAAUAAUUCCGUCUAAAAGCCAUAACCCCACUUUCCUAGAAACUUAACCUCACUUUUCUGAACCAAAACAACCUACAAAAAAAAACCUUUUUCUUAAUCAAUUUUUUAAAAAUGUUUUACGUGAUUGGUUUGGGCCUCGGGGACUGCAAAGACAUCACAGUUAGAGGCCUAGAAAUAGUGAAAAAAUGCGAUAGAGUGUAUCUGGAGGCGUACACGUCCGUUUUGACUUGCGGUACCGAAGCACUAGAAGAAUUCUAUGGUAGAAAACUAAUAGUGGCAGACAGAGAUUUAGUGGAGCAAGGAGCAGAUGACAUCCUAGAAGGCGCAAAACACUCUGAUAUCGCCCUAUUAGUAGUGGGAGAUCCCUUUGGGGCCACUACUCACACAGACCUAGUGCUUAGGGCCGAACAAAAGGGCAUUCCAGUUCAAGUGGUACAUAAUGCCUCAAUUUUAAAUGCAAUUGGUUGUUGCGGUUUGCAACUGUACAGCUUUGGGGAGACUGUAUCGAUACCAUAUUGGAUGGAUGGUUGGGAACCAGAUAGUUUUUACGAUAAAAUUGUUAAUAAUUUUAAGAAUCAAAUGCAUACCCUUUGUUUGUUAGAUAUAAAGGUGAAGGAGCCUUCACUAGAGAGUUUAGUAAAAAAGAAAAAAGAAUAUAUGCCACCUAAGUUCAUGACUGUGAGUGAAGCUGCACGGCAAUUGCUGCAAAUUAUUAAAAGAAGGACAGGAGGAGACACCUUAGAUGUAACCGAGAGUAAUUUAUGUAUUGGGGUAGCACGAGUAGGCUCAGAAACCCAGAAGAUUACGGCGUGUUCUCUAAAAGAAAUGGCUGAAGUUGAUUUGGGGGGGCCCUUACAUUCCCUAAUCAUCGUAGGGCCCCAUUUACAUCCCUUAGAGGAGGAAUAUAUUGAGAAGUUUAAACUGUAAAAAAUAAUUGUUUUAUUUGUGUAUAAAGGAUUUUACUGUAUUAGGUGAUCA